AGCAUCCUAUAGCAAAUGGAUAGACAGUACAGUCUCAUAUGAUCAUCAUAUUCAUUCAUCACUGACAAUCAUCUGAACUUCUCUCUCUUCUUCAUCCAAUCCUAUAAUGGAGGCAUUAGUCGUCCGCAAACUCGGUGAACCAACAUCCGCAGAUCUCUCCGACCAAAAUUCGCCGAUAUUCUUAUCGAAAAACGAGCCUUUACCGGAGCUUAAUUCUCCGACGGCAGUUAGGGUUAGGGUUACAGCUACGAGUUUAAAUUACGCUAAUUACCUCCAAAUUAUCGGCAAAUAUCAGGAGAAAUUCUCCCUUCCUUUCAUUCCUGGCUCCGAUUACUCUGGAACUGUCGAUUUCAUUGGCUCUCAAGUUUCUAAGUUCAGAAUUGGUGAUCGUGUUUGCUCUCUCUCUAAUACGGGUUCUUUUGCUCAAUUCAUCGUCGCCGACGAAUCAGAAUUGUUUAAGGUUCCAGAGGGGUGUGAUCUGGUUGCUGCAGCUGCACUUCCUGUGGCAUUUGGGACUUCACAUGUUGGACUUGUUCAUCGGGCUCAACUCAAAAGUGGUCAGGUUCUAUUAGUCCUUGGUGCAGCAGGAGGGGUUGGUGUUUCCGCUGUUCAGAUAGGGAAGGUCUGUGGUGCAAUUGUCAUAGCGGUUGCGAGGGGACCUGAGAAGGUGCAAUUUCUGAAGUCAUUGGGCGUUGACCAUGUUGUUGACUCAAGCCAAGAUAAUGUUAUCUCAAGUGUCAAAGAGUUUCUGAAGUCUAGGAAGCUCAAAGGGGUUGAUGUCUUAUAUGAUCCUGUUGGUGGAAAACUCACAAAAGAUGCCAUGAAACUGCUGAACUGGGGGGCCAGCAUUUUGGUCAUCGGAUUUGCUAGUGGAGAGGUUCCUGUCAUUCCCGCAAAUAUAGCUCUGGUUAAGAAUUGGACUAUACAUGGACUUUACUGGGGUAGCUACAGAUUACAUUGUCCAAGUGUCCUUGAAUAUUCACUUCAGGAGCUACUCUCAUGGCUAGCUAUGGGAAAGAUUUCCAUUCAAAUAUCUCAUAUUUACAGUCUUGCAGAGGCUAACCUUGCAUUUGCUGCCAUCAAAGAUAGAAAAGUAAUUGGGAAGGUUAUCAUCACCCUGGAUGAUCCGAAGGCUGCAAGAGCUAAGCUUUAAGGUCAAUGAGUUCCCAACCAAUGGACUAUCAGGGCCUCAGGCACUGCGGUGAAAUAUGUUCAUAGCUGUAGACCAGUCAUCGCUGUUGCUUCUCAAUAAGAUCUUGUUCAAUAUUGUUGUUGUAUGGGUUUUCAAUUUAAUAGUUUAUACACAUGCGUUAGGCGAUGUAGUAUAGUGAUUAAUGCUGAGCCAGCUACAUUUUCUCAUGUAUAUGACUAGUACAAUCUAUACAA